UUCCCCUCCACCUUUUGGACGAGCUUUGUCUUCUAGAGGACUACAGCCGAGCUCGGCGACUUAACCCAGAGACCCUGAGCCACCAAAGGCUACAGCAGAAGUUACUGGAGACUGAGAUCAGCACCAGAAGGAAGGAGUGUGAAGCGCUUGAUGCAGAGGUGAAGAAAAAGAAUCAAACAUGUCAGACUUUGGAGAAUGAGCUUCAAGACUUUCUCCACGAGAACAAGCACUUGAAUCUACAGUUGUUCAGCAACAGCCACAAGGCAUCUGACUAUGAGGAGGUGAAGUCUGAGUAUGCCCAGCUCAAAGAGACCCUUGGUGCUGUGACACAGGAGAGAGACUUAGCCCUGUGGGAGAGGAACCAGCUCCAAGCCAAACUGGAGAACCUAGAGCAGGUGCUCAAGCAUAUGCGAGAGGCUGCGGAGCGGAGGCAGCAGCUAGAGUUGGAGCAUGAGCAGGCCUUGGCUGUACUCAAUGCAAAGCAGCAGGAGAUUGACAUUCUCCAGAAGGCUCAGGUUGAGGCUAAAAAGGAACAUGAGGGCGCUGUCCAUCUGUUAGAGAACCACUUGGACAGCAUGCAGGCCAAAGUCCGCGAGCUGGAGGAGAAAUGUCGGACUCAGAGUGAGCAGUUCAACCUCCUGUCUAAAGAGCUGGAGAAGUUUCGGCUCCAGGCUGGGAAGUUUGAUAUCCUCAGCACUGAACCCUUAACUGUGUGUGAAUCUCCUGGGUCUCCGAACAAAUCCCUGUCACAGCUCCUUAAUGGACUGGCUGCCCCCACAGAGAAAGGCAAUGAGGCCCCAACAAGCAGAUCUUUGAUAUCGGAGUUCAUUCGACCACUCCAAGUCAGCGGAGACAAGCCUGAGCUCCUCUCUGUCAAGCCAACAUUCCUCACUCGCGGUCGAGCCAGCAGUCCAGCGCGGGCUUUACUCUCUGAGAUGGACAAAGAUCUCAGCUCCACCACCAGAUCCAAACCACGGUUCACAGGGAAGGUCCGUCUGUGUGUUGCUCGCUACAGUUACAAUCCUUAUGAUGGACCCAAUGAGCAUCCUGAGGCAGAGCUCCCCCUGGUGGCUGGGAAGUACCUUUACAUUUACGGAACAAUGGACGAGGAUGGCUUUUAUGAAGGAGAGCUGCUGGAUGGACAGAGAGGACUCGUCCCAUCCAAUUUUGUAGAUUUUGUCCAAGAUGAGGAGGCGCCCUCUGUCCAGCACAGGGAUAUAUUAACUAAAGAACCUGGCUACCUCAACCACAGUAGCCUGAGGCCUCAAAGACCUGGGGUCGGCACAGGAACAGGCAUAAGCAGCCUGCUGUCUGACAGUAAAUUAGACUGUCUAAGCACCAGCAGCUUGGGCAUGGACCUCCUGAGCUCCUCCACCAAUGGCACGGGAACCUUGGAUGUCAGCAUUGACGAGGUCGGUGAAGACAUUGUGCCUUAUCCCCGCCGCAUCAACCUGAUUAAGCAACUGGCCAAAAGUGUGAUUAUUGGCUGGGAUCCUCCGGUGUUCCCACCGGGCUGGGGCUCCAUUAGUGGCUACAAUGUCUUGGUGGAUAAGGAGGUUCGUAUGAGUGUCCCCUACGGGGGCAGGACAAAGUCUCUUAUUGAAAAGCUCAAUCUGGCCACAAACACCUACCGCAUCUCAGUGCAGAGCAUCACUGACAGGGGCCUGUCAGACGAACUUCGGUGCACUCUUCUCGUGGGUAAGGACGUGGUGGUGGCACCUUACUACCUGCGGGUGGACAGCAUCACGCAGGUCUCUGCUGAGCUGUCUUGGAUGCCCAGCAACAGCAACUACAGUCACACCAUCUUCCUCAACGGUACAGAGUAUGACAUGGUCAAGGCCGGGGGCUAUAAGUACAAGUUUUUCAACUUGAAGCCGAUGACAGUUUACAAGGUGAAGGUUGUCGCGCAGCCACAUCAGGUGCCUUGGCAGCUUCCAGUGGAUCAAAGGGAAAAGAGGGAAAUCUCUGUGGAGUUCUGCACUCAGCCUGCAGGUCAGUCCUUAAAACGCCCCCCUCUCCCUCCCCAGGAGGUGCAGGUCCAGUGUGGUCAAACACCCGGGGUCCUGCAAGUGAGAUGGAAGCCGCCGCCCCUGACGCCUUCAGGAACCUCCAACGGAGCCAGUGUGAUAGGCUACGCCGUGUGCACAAAGGGACAAAAGAUAGCAGAGGUCUUGUACCCCACAGCAGACUAUGUGACUGUGGACUUAACCAGGAUUCAGGGUCUGGAGGCGAGGGAAGUCAUUGUAAGGACGUUAUCAACACAAGGAGAGUCCCAGGACUCGCCUGUGGCCAUCAUACCGCACAAUCUCUUGGGCUCUCCACGCCUUUCCCACAGAACCACCGCACCUUCCCAUCCCACGCCCCACCCGGUUCACUCACAAACCCACCCUCCUUACCCAUCGACGUACCCCCCGAACCACCCUCAGCCCCAGGUGCAGCCUCUGCCUCGACCCCAGCCCCACACGCUGCCCCACGCACAGCCUCACUCGCAGCCCAUCCGCCCCCCUCCUCCCUAUCCGCAGCCUCAUUUUCACCGCAACUCCAUGCCCAAAUCCAAACCAUUAGUAAGUGCCAGAGAGCCAGAAACCAAAGAGCAUGAGGUGGGCCUGCGGCCAGCCCAGCCCUGGGAACGUUCCCCAUCUCCGCUGCCUCCCAUGCGAGGUCCCAACCUGGAGCCACCGCCCUUCCAGCCACAGCGAUCUCCAUCUCCUCAGAGGAUCCUGCCGCAGCCUCAGGGAGUCCCCAUCCCCAACACCAUCGCCAAGGCCAUGGCCAGGGAAGCUGCCCAGAGAGUGUUUGCUGAGGGUAACCGGGUCGAGAAAAGGAAUAUCUUCAGUGAGCGAGGUAAUGCUUUGCAUCCUGUCAACUCUGAUGAGGAGGAGGAUGGCUACGACUCGCCUCACGCCAGGAGGAGAGGCGCCUCGGUGGAUGAAUUCCUUAGAGGCUCCGAGUUAGGCAGACAGCACCAUCAUCACCACUACAGCCACAGUGAGGAGUACUACACAGAGAGCAGCCGAGGAUCUGACCUGUCUGACAUCCUAGAGGAGGACGAGGAGGAUCUUUACUCUGAGAUGCAGCUGGAGGAAGGCCGCAGACGCAGCAUCAACUCUCACAACACUCUCAAGAUCAUUGGGAACUCGCCGUCACAUGGAAGCGCCGAUCGUCUGGACCAUUCAGGGAGGAGGCCGGUUCACAUCGGCACCCCCCCUCAGCGACGACCUAUCCCAUCCAUUGAGAUCACCAUGGACAGUAACAGUGAGGGGAGUGAGGGGAACCUCUCACCCGUCAAGGAGGAUGUUUACUAUGGCAGUGUAGCUCGGCGCAGGAUAUGGCGAUCUAUGUCCUCAGAGGAUCAAUAUGACGGCUAUGGUGGGCGCAGGCACGGGCGGGGACGGCGCUCCCCGGAUUACUACGAGGAGUCCGAGCCGGAGGAGAUGACCCGUGUGUUUGUGGCUCUCUUUGACUAUGACCCCCUGUCCAUGUCUCCUAACCCCGACGCUGCUGAUGAGGAGCUGCCGUUCAAGGAAGGCCAGAUCAUCAAGGUGUUUGGGAACAAAGACACGGAUGGUUUCUACAGGGCAGAGAUCCGAGACCGAGUGGGUCUGAUCCCCUGUAACAUGGUCUCCGAGAUCCAAACAGAAGACGAUGAAAUGAUGGACCAGCUCCUUAAACAGGGCUUCCUCCCACUUAACACUCCUGUGGAGAAGUUAGUGAACUGUGACCGUUUCAAAGAUGGCCGCUCAAUAAAUCGCAGGUCCAGAAAGUCCAAAAGAGAAAGAAACAGGCGAAGCGGGCGUCAGCAUCCGAUGUCCACGCGAAGAAUGGUGGCUCUGUAUGACUACGACCCCCGAGAGAGCUCCCCUAACGUUGACGUCGAGUAUGAAGGCAACAGACUGAAUGAGGAGACUGAACUGACAUUCUGUGCCGGUGAUGUCAUCACAGUUUUUGGUGAAAUAGAUGAAGAUGGAUUUUACUAUGGUGAGCUCAAUGGACACAAGGGACUUGUUCCUUCCAACUUUCUAGAAGAAGUGCCUGAUGAUGUAGAGGUUUUUCUCACUGACUCACCAUCUCGGUACCCCCAGGACACUCCAGCACGGAUAAAGACCAAAAGGGUUCCAUUGGAAAAAUCGGGUCCGCCCAGAAGAGCAGCCUCUUCCACAGUGCGUCCACACAUCCCUGGCUCUGGCCCCGCCACCGUGGGGCCCGGCAGUCCCAUCAGGGCCCCAAUGGACAUGUACUCCUCCAAAAAGAAAAAGGGACUGCUCUCCAAAGGGAAGAAACUAUUGCAAAGACUUGGCGCUGUAAAAUAAUUUCUUGACAUACUUGGAGAGUGUCAGCCAUAUCCUUGUAGUGUUUAAAAAAAAAAUCCAAAUACAGUGGACAGGUGGCAUUUGUGAGCUUAGCAAAUGCUUUAUUCUUUUACAUCUGUUGUACACUAGAAUAUUUGUACUUUGUCGAACAGUAUCCACUACAUAUUUUCAAAAACACAUUUCAUAUUACGGUCCCAAGACCUCAUGUCGGACGAUGUAGUGAUCUUACCUCCAACUCUCUGGCUGAUGAGAUUUUGCUGUAGAAAGGAAAGACGGGGCCUGCAGCAAUUUCCAUUUUCCACUUGGUCAAGUGCGACACUUAAGAGACAUCAUGAGUCAAGUGUGUUGUACACAGAACCCAGAAUGUCAUUCAAAUACUGAGGGCUCACUUAAACCUUGGAGUCCAGUUUGAAUUUGAUGUGAAGAUGGAUUUGAGUGUCUUUACUUGAGCUAGUCCAACAGCCAGUCAUAAACCGUACACAAGGUUUGCAUGCUUUACUUCAGCACAUUCCCUCCUGGCCCCUUCAGAUCGCAUACAAUGCAACGGGGUCAGUGUGGAACCUAGCGCAUGCAGUACUUUAAUGCAGCAUAGCUGACAUACUGUGCAGUAAACAUUGACAAAUCAGCAGAAUUAACUCCUUCUCUUCUGCCCUACUUCAACAGCUGUGAUAUAGGCAUAUUUCCCUCCCUAGAGACGUGUCAGCAACAAGCACAUACUGUAUUUACUACAGGGUCUUUGCAGUCAAAUCAGCCUAAAUGACAAUGCCUAGUAUAUCCAACCUCCAUGUAUUUGCCUUAUAAUUGCACAAUGGGUAGUACUUUGUCCAGUAGAGCAUGCAGUUUCAUGCCUACUAUUCAUUUAUGUUACUUCAUAAAAGCUGUUCGCAAAUGUCGAUCCCAACUUGUGACAUGCAGGGUAUUGUGUGUCUGUUGUGUUUCCAUACAACCAGACAGAGCUUACGUAGAACUAUUCAAGUGUCCAGUGUUGAUGUCGUCCACUCAUCGUUAAACCUCUCAAAAAUAAACAUUUUUGUAAUCCUAGAAAAACUUUUGAAAAUUCUCCCCUUAUAAGAAAUUUAUAUGUAUGGAGAUUCUUUUUUAAAGUUCACACUAUACUCCCAAAUUAAAACAUGACUUUACAGUAGAAACAGACUUCACUGUUGCAUUAAAGAAAUAGUUGUUACUGUGUGAUAUGGCAUCAGCAGAUCAAAUCAGCCAUCGUACUGCGGUGGAUUUCUAACAUGCAACACUUCUGAGCUUCACUAAAUGCUAUAGGUUUGACGACUUCACAGUAGUAAACAGUGAGACACAAGGCUACCUCUAUGCUGCCCCUUCUGUCCUCCUAACCCAAAAUAUAUUCGAUCUGAAAUACUUUUCUUCAAGCCAACCCGUCAGUGAUGCCUGUUCAGUGUCCCACUUUAUGUUGGUGCAGGAUACAAGUACUGUAUAUCGAUAUAUAUCUAUAUAUAUCUACACCUUAAUGUAGAGUAGUGAAUGUACAAUGAAUUGAAGGCCAAUGUAUUUUCAAAGCUGCCCAAAGGGAUUGUGCAGAUGUCCAUCCUUGUGUGUGAAAUUGAACAGUCCACCACCUCCUAUCGUUCAGUUUCCCAUUUCAUCCUCCCACGCCGUUUAAAUCUAGACUAUUUUCUAUACACAAGAGUUGAACUGAAACUGCCAAAAACAAAGGAAAAAAACAAACCCAAGAAUGUAUGCAAAACAUUCUGAUGCUUUCUGUACAAUUCGCGGCCAAACAGCCAUCUUCACCUACAGUAAACUGAUGAACACUGUUUUCCUAUUUACGGACCACUUCCUCAGACAUUGCUUCUCUUCAUUUUGAGUGACUGUUGCUCUUUUUGUACUUUGUCCAUUUGUAAAAUUGUUUUUAAAUGUUUAUACUUGAUUUUCAGACUGCCUUUUUUGUACAUUUAAAUUUAUAAUCAAACAGUUUAAGCUUUCCCCAUGGUGUCUUGAAGACCAUAUUGUUUAAAAGUCUGCAACUGUGUGCUAGCUUUAUGAUAAGAAUUAUCAGCCUAUAUUGAUGGUUACAAAUUAUUGUGUGGGUGUGCAUGUGCAAUCU